AUGGAGCGCGUCUAUCUUAUUACCCACCCUCGCUCUGCUUCUAAUCUGCUUGUCCAGAUUCUGGGAUUGGAAGAGCAGCCAAUGGUCAAAGCUCGCCCGCAUGCUGGCUACUAUUUCCUGGAGACCCUCAUGUUCCUUGGUGAAAAGGGUCUUCGAGCUAAGCAUGUCGACGAGUGGACCGAAGAAGAAAAAGCCCAGGCCCAUGCCAUGUACAACAAGGGGUAUGAUGCAAUGAUGAAGGAUGUUGCCGAGUCAAAGGCUGCCGGCAGAAUCUCUGUUGUCAAGGAGCACGCCAACAUUCUCCUCGAGCCCAGCAGCCAGACCAAAUUUAUGUUCAAGACCAACGACGUUAAAGAAGCACCACUUACCCUCGACGUCCCCCAGGGUUCCGAAAUUGUCCGUACCCCGGGAAAUCAAACCAUCUUCUCUGAUGAAUUCCUCCUUACCUGGAAGCCGGUCUUCCUCAUCCGCCACCCCGCUCUCAUGUUCCCAUCCUUCUACCGAUGCAUGGAUGACUUCAGAAAGAUGAAGAAGGAAGAUAUCGGCACUACCGCCUCCCUCGAGGCUGGCAAGCCUGAUCUACCCAUUUACAUGAGCCUGCACAACAUUCGCUCCAUGUUUGACUGGUACAGCGAAAAGCUCCAGCAGACUGGAUCAUCUUCCACCGCCCAGCCCUGGCCCAUCGUCAUCGAUGCAGAUGAUGUCAUGGCCGAUGAAACUGUUGUCCAGAAGCUGGCUGAUAUUAUCGGACUGGACCGCAACCACCUGAAGUUCACUUGGGAUCCCGUCAGCGAAGAGCAGUCCAAGAAGUACGACCCCAUGGCUAAGCGUAUGCUGUCUUCUCUCAACGCCUCGAACGGUAUCAUGAAGGACAAGCUUGCUGCCAACAUCGAUAUCGAAGCUGAAGCCCCCAAGUGGAAGGCUGAGUUCGGUGAGAUCGAUGGAGCUAAAGUAUACAAAUGGGUUAAGGAAGCAAUGCCCGACUACGAAUACCUGAAGUCUCGCCGUCUCACCGCAUAG